AUGAGUUACAAGGUUAGGAAACUUAUUGAAACCAACAAAUCAGGUGUCGUAAAAUAUCCUCCUCCUAAAAUAGUUCACUCAUCAGAUUGUCAACAUUACAAAACCAAAUUACCAACUGUGUCUGAAGAUUGUAAAAAUUUUGACUGCUAUUUAUGUCCACGUGGCGCAAUAAUCCCCUUCGAUAAGUCUUACUUGGAGUUAAGUUGUGGUUUAGCAUUUCAUGACGCUAUAAACCAUCUGAAUUUAUCACCUGAACUUAUAACAUUGACGAUAAAUGCCUUAUCUGAGGCAAUUAUUGAAUGUUUGAAUAGUAAAAAUUUUAAGAAUAGCAAUUACAACAACAGGGGAAGGUGGAAGAUCAGUGGAAGACUUGAUAACUUUAAGUUUGAAAACGGAAUCUGGCUCAUGUAUGCUAGCGACUGCCACUUGUCCAAUGGAUCAAUUACCCUUUUAUCGCAUAAACUUAGACUUAAGAUUUUGUCCGUAUACGAUUGA